CCUGAAGGGAUAAUGCUGCUUGCGUAAGGUUUAACAGUGUUCCUGCCGACAAAAGGGUGGCAAGCCAGGGACUCCUAUACCGCUUUCUGCGGCCGCCUCCCUGUUACUUCCUGGUUACUACUUACACUGAUACAUCCUUAUCUAAGUGCCAAACAUGCCGCCGAAAGGACAGAAAAGUCAGGGUAAAACCAGUCUUAAGGACAUGCUUGCGAGGCAUGCUGAGCCAAAGCGAAAUGACUGGUCAAGCGGUCGUCCAAAUGUGACACCAGACCUCAGGGUUGGCGAAGAUGGCUUCCCAGAGUACGAUCCUCGUGCGUUUGAAUCAGGAUCCGAGGAAGAGGAAGAGGGGCCUAGCGCCGGCGGAGCCUUCGCGAUUUUAGCAGGCUUCGGGGGCGAUGCCAACGCCGAUGACGGCGACUGGGUCCAAGUCACCGCAAAGACCAAGAAGAGCACUGCUAGCGCAACCGGAGCGGGACCGUCAACGUCAUCGGCAGCAGCUGGUUCCGCCUUACGACGACCGCAGGGCGGGGCCCUCCCUCGGUCACCCGUCGCAGCCCCGGCUGCCGCCCCCUCUGCCCGCCCCAACACCAGCGCAGCGGCUGCGGCGCUGCUGGCAUCUCGCCUCAACACAGGUGCCGUUGCAGGUGCCUCUGGAUCCGGAUCCAACCAGCAGCAGCGCUCGCCGUACAGUCUGGCGCAGGGCGGAGCGGGGGCCAUUCCGGUGCAGCGUGCGCCCCGGCCGCAGACCCAUGACGCCGACGGCAAGCCCAUAUCCGACACCUACUACCAGACGUUCCAGCGGGUGUACCGCAACGCCCAAGGCGCCGCCUGCCUGCGCUUCCACAAGACCGACGUUGUCAUGGUGCACCCCAACGGCGACAUCGUGCUCACCAGCGGCGGCUUUCACACGCGCACCACCUUCCUCUCGGUGGCCGAGGGCCUCAGACCCCUGGGACUCACCCUGCGGAGCACGCUGGGCGGCGAGGGACGCGGGGAGUGGUUCGUGGACCUGCCAGAUGGCACCAGCGUCCCAUGGGAGGACGGCAUGAGGCUGCCCGCCAAGAGCGAGGAGGAGAAGAGCCGCGGGGACAGGCUGAUUGCGGCGUACUAUGGGUCGGCUGUGGUGGGCGGCGGAGCGGCGGCGGCGAGGGCUGCAGCGGGGCUUGCAGGCCCCGCACGCGCCCAGCCGGCACCUGCCUCCGGCAACGCCGCCCCACGGGUCGCUCCCUCCGUCGGUGCCGGCCCCUCUGCCCCUCCCAACCCCGCUCCCUCCGCUUGGUCCUACCGCUCAGCCUCCGCCCUAUCCGCCGCCGGUGCCGCCUCCACUUCCUCCGCUUACGCCCCGCACAUGCGCCCUCCGGUUCCCGUUCCCACUCCCAUGCAAAACAGCGCAUUCGCACCAGCUGCAGUACAGGAACUGCCGGCACCCGGCCCGCGUGCCACUGCCUCUGCUGACGAGCUAGCAGCGCUGUUAGAUGAGGCGUUGGCGUUACAGGAUAGCGCAGCGGACGGGGGACCUCUUGACGAUGAGCAUGCAUGCAUUGUGUGCAUGGUACGGCAAAAGACCACCAUUCUGAUUCCCUGCGGACACCUCGUGCUUUGCGAGCAGUGCGCGUCUGACGUGCUUGCGAGGACGCACGCAUGCCCUAUGUGUCGUACGGAGGUUGCGGACCGCGUCACGGUUAACUGAUUGCCGGGUAGGAUAGGGAUGGAAUGAAAUGUGGAUGGUGUGAAUUGAAAACGUGCUUGUGAUGGCGUUUGGAGGUUUGAGUAAACACUUGCUUGCUUUCUACAGAGUGCUGGAGGGUUUGAGUCGCUUGGUGAUGAUGUCGCUUGGGGUGCGCUGGGGUGAGACGGUGGGGGUUUUCAGCAUGCAACAAUGGGAAGACGUCGUUAGUCGUGCUGUUGCUGUUGUUGAUUCAUGCAUGUGCAUGCAUUGAUGUGUUUUAUAUUUGCCGAGAUUUCUAAAGGAUUGCUUGGUUCACAAGGUCAUGAAGGUCGCCCGGGAUGGACCAGGGUUGACGACCCUGGGGUGUGAGAUUCGGAGUUGCAAGUUGUCCUGGGUUUUCGUUGCUCUUGUUGCUUUAUUGCGCUGUGAGACUCUGUGAGACCGGUACACUGAAUGCAUCGAACUGGUGCAACGGCAAGUCGGCAGCGUGCGCGGUAGCGGUGCUUCAGGUGCCUUGUGAAGGGCCGGUGAAGCAGAGAACUCCUCCCUUGGGCAUAAGUCGUGGUACGGUUAUGACUGGCAACAUUGUGGCGCAACCUACCCCAGAGCCGCUGCAACUUACCCUUGCCAGUUGGGUUCCGAAGGGUUUUCUGUUACAAGGGCACACAUGUAAGGCUGGUUCGGGAUACGGGCAGACGCGACGGCAGACUAGCGACGGGAUAGGGUACCGGGUGAAUUGGACUAGAG